AAUCACAAAUAGUAAGAAACGUGUUGACGUGUCACCUAACUAGUUACCGUCUCGAAUCAAAAUAUCAACGCACCGUCACUAUAAACACCUCUCCAACCUCACUUUCGUGGUUCUUCCCUUUCCUUUUUUUUUCUCUCUCUCUCUCUCUCUCCAAGGUUGCUUCAUAACAACGUCUCCGUAAUCUCCCCUUCUCCAAUUUUCCCCCAAAUUCUUCUCAAAACCCUAAUUUUUCCAAUCUUAAAUUUAUCCGUUAAUCGAAUCGGAGAUUCCUACUCGCCAAUUGAUGGGUCGCGGCUCAGCCACGUCGACGCUCGCUCCUGGGUUCCGUUUCCACCCGACGGACGAGGAGCUCGUUCGCUACUACCUCAAGCGCAAGGUCUGCAACAAACCCUUCAAGCUCGACGCUAUCUCCGUCACCGAUGUGUACAAAUCCGAGCCUUGGGAUCUUCCAGAUAAGUCGAAGCUGAAAAGUAGAGACUUGGAGUGGUACUUCUUCAGUAUGCUUGAUAAGAAGUACAACAACGGCUCCAAGACCAAUCGCGCCACUGAGAAAGGCUACUGGAAGACGACUGGGAAGGAUCGGGAGAUUCGUAAUGGUUCGAGAGCAGUUGGGAUGAAGAAGACUCUCGUUUAUCACAAGGGCCGAGCUCCUAGUGGUGAGAGGACUAAUUGGGUUAUGCAUGAGUAUCGUCUUACUGAUGAUGAGUUGAAGAAGACUGGUGCCCCACAGGAUGCGUAUGUGCUGUGUAGGAUAUUCCAGAAAAGCGGCACGGGGCCUAAGAAUGGGGAGCAGUACGGUGCUCCUUAUCUUGAGGAGGAGUGGGAAGAGGAUAAAAUGACUUUUGUGCCGGAACAAGAUGCUCUCAGUAGUGAAGUGUUGGCCUUUGAUGAUGAUGAUGUUUAUCUCGACAUUGACGACUUUGACGAGCCUGAGAAUCUGGUGGUCUAUGAUGCCAUUCCUGUUGAGCCUAAUUAUUUCCACGGAGAAUCAAGCAAUAAUGUUGAGUCAGGAAACUACUCAGACUCUGGAAAUUACAUUCAACCAGAAAACUUUGCUGUGGACUCUGGUGGUUGCUUUGAACAGCCACUUGAAGCUUUUGAGGAGGAUCAGAAGCCUAUCAUUCGGGAUGGUAGCAUUCAGCCUUGUUCUAUGUUCCCCAAUGAGCAAAGCGGUUGCGGUGUGCAAGAUGAGAGCGCGGUGAAUCUGGAAACGUCCAACAGUAAUGUGUUUGCGGGUGGUAAUUGCUACAGUGACAUUCCUAUUGAUACCAACUAUAUUAUGCCUGACGAGUCAUUCAUCGAUCCUACCAACAACCUUCCACUCGGCGAUGAUCUUUUCCUGGAAACGAAUGAGCUCGGCAGUGCUCUACCAGAUGAUUUUGACUUUGAAGAUUAUCUUAACUUCUUUGACGACGUGGACGCUCAGAAUAUGUCUCUCGAUGUUUCUCAGCUGUUGGAGUCUGAAGAUGCGGUUCCUGCCCAAGAAGGCUUCGACCAGAUACAGCCUUCCUCUGAAGACUUGGAGAAGGAGGUCACAGGAGGCAAAGAGGUGGUGGAGAAAGAUGAAAGUGGCGAAGGAUCUUCCUCGAAGCAAGAUGCAGAUGUUGUCACAGACUUUGAUUCAGCUUCGAAGUACCCUUUCCUCAAAAAGGCGGGCCAGAUGUGUGGAGCGACAUCUUCAUUUGCUUCCCAGUUCCAAACAAAGGACGCUCGGCUACACGCAGGGCAAUCUUCAGGUUCGGUCCACGUUACUGCAGGUAUAAUCAGAAUAUCAAACAUGACUCUAGCAGCGGAUAUGGGCUGGUCAUACGACAAGAACGAUAACCUCAACGUAGUCCUUUCUUUCGGCUUGGUCCAACAACGAGAUGAUGGGAUGAGUUCCUCUGUAAACAAGACAGGAGGAGUUCCAGCGACAAGAGCUAUGUUGAUCUUCCUUUGCUUAUGGGUUCUCUUGCUAUCUGUUAGCUUCAAAGUGGCAACAAUGGUCUCUGCUCGGUAAUAGCAUCAUCUUCGGUGUUUGUACCUCUCCAACUUAUAUAUAGGCUUUACUUUGGCAGUGCUUUGCUGCCUCAAUAUUUUAUCUUUCAUGUAGUUUGAACUCUCAUUACAGUUUCUGGCUAUGGCUAUUUCUUCCAGAAAUAAGAACACAACUUCUUAA